CUAGGAAACAAACUCUCACAAAUAGUGAUACACACAUGCACCGUUCGGCUCCAGCAUAACUCUGUAUCCGUGAGCUGUGAUUAUUCAAAUGGAGUCUGGACUUCCUGUCUGCCUCUCUGUCUUCAUCGGGAUAAUACUAAUCACAUCAACAGUUUCAUCACUUAAUCUUGAAGCAGAGUUGUUUCAAGAUUUGAUGAAAGACUAUAACAAAAAUGUCCGCCCCAUGGAGAACAGCGGAGAUGUUACCAAAGUGCACAUCAAGAUGACCCUGACAAAUCUCAUUUCUCUGAAUGAAAAAGAGGAGGCCUUAACGACAAGUGUGUGGAUAGAAAUGCAGUGGUGUGACUAUCGGCUGAGGUGGGACCAGAUGCCCAGGUCAGCUCUGUAUGGAAAUAUAACAUCUCCAUUAAGAGUGCCAUCUCAAAGCAUAUGGUUGCCCGACAUCAUCCUGGAAAACAAUGUGGAUGGGCAGUUUGAAGUGGCUCUAUACUGCAAUGCACUGGUCUCUCCUGAUGGUUGUGUCUACUGGCUACCUCCUGCUAUUUACCGUAGUGCAUGCACCAUCAUCGUCAACUACUUUCCUUUUGACUGGCAGAACUGCACUAUGGUGUUCCGUUCCCAGACGUACAGUGCAAACGAGAUUGAGAUUGUUCUGAAAGAAGAGGACAACUACACUUUAGAGUGGGUGGACAUCGACCCGGAGGCUUUUACAGAAAAUGGCGAGUGGGUGAUUAAACAUAGACCUGCAAAGAAGCUGAUCAACCCACAGUACACUAAAGAUGACCUGGAGUACCAAGAGGUGGUCUUCUUUCUCAUCAUUCAGAGAAAACCACUUUUCUAUAUCAUCAACAUCAUCGCUCCCUGUGUGCUUUUCUCCUCUCUCGGGCUGCUGGUUUACUAUUUACCAGCUAAAGCCGGGGGUCAGAAGUGCUUCAUGUCCAUUGCGACUCUCCUGGGACAAACUGUUUUCGUGUGCCUGAUCGCUAAAAAGGUUCCAGAGACGUCCCAAGCUGUCCCUCUUAUUGGAAAAUAUUUGAUGUUUGUGAUGUCAGUGACAACUACAGUAGUGAUGAACUGUGUGAUAGUCCUAAAUGUCUCCCAAAGAACCCCAAACACUCACAAAAUGACAGACAAAGUGCGAAAGAUCCUCCUCAACACUUUGCCUCGUCUAUUAAGGAUGCAGAUGCAGCCUUGGAUCCCAGAACAGGCUAUGAUUUCUGAAACGGGGAAUGGUCACGCAGCAGACAACAACAGUUCAUACAUGCCUCACUGUCGACGCCGCAGCUCAAUGACCCUCAUCUCUAAAGCAGAGGAAUACAUGCUCAAAACCUCACGCUCCGAACUCAUGUUUAAAAGACUGAAAGAGAGAAACGGGCUAAUGAAGUCAGUGCUGGACAAGUUGCAUAAUGGUCUUCAAGGGGGAACAGCUGAGCAUCUCUGUGCCAGCUUGGCAAAUGCUUCAGUGGAGCUGAGGCAGUGUGUAGGUUCCUGUAAGCACAUAGCAACGGCGGCAAAACAAAAGAAUGUAUUUCAGAAUGAGAAUGAAGAAUGGUUCCUUGUGGCCCGUGUGAUUGACAGGGCCUGUUUCAUAGUGAUGGCUCUAGUGUUUUGGAUUGGCACAGUGGCCAUUUUUCUCAUGGGACAUUUCAAUAGAGCACCCUCUUCACCUUUUCCUGGGGACCCAAAGACCUACCUCCCCCCAACAAGCAACCUGACAGAGAGUGACUUCAUGGCCUGAGAAGUGAUGCAUGGGAGAAACCAUGAGAGAAACUA